AUGCCAUCCAACUCUCAAGCUGACAGUAUCGAUACCGCUGGGUUUAUCACAGUUGGGAGAAAGCAGAAAAACUCCACUGCCGAAAACGAAGAAAGGGUUUCAGUAAAACUCUUCGACUUUCUGCAAAGUUUUGCAAGAAUUGCCGUCAACGCCAACGUUUUUACUGUAAUUGGAUUUGGCGAGGAAUCAUCCGAAGAAGAGGAUGAAAAAUAUGAAAAUCUGGAAGUUGAUGAUGUCGAAGAAGAUUCCUCAGCUCCAGAACAGCCAGAAUCUGAGUGUUUUGAGGAUGACAAAACCUUGGAGCAAAUCUUGGACGAAAUGGAAUGGGAGAUCGAACGGGAUAUCGAAAGAGUAACUACAAUUACUCCUGAAAUCCCAGUAGAGCUGACUAAUUUGUCCAUUAUUCUUUGGAGACCUACCUAUAAUCCUACUAUUAUCCAAGCAGGACCAUGCAGAAAACCAAAAACGGUUAGAUUUGCCGAGAAGGUCGAGAUUUUUGAGAUUGAAGAGAAGGACGAGGAUCUCAAGACAGAUGAUACCAGGGAGAAGAACGGAAACGAGGACACCAAAGAAGUAAUUGUGAAAUCUCAUAAACCUGAGGAGAAAAUGAGAAAAGAUGCUUUCCAAAUAAGAAUGGCAUAUGAAUCAAAGAAAUUGGAGUUUGAGAUGAUGAAGAUGAACUUUCAAAUGAAAAGGAUGGACUAUAAAAGGAAAAAGAUGGACUUCAAGAUGAAGAAAAUGGACUUCAAGAUGAAGAAAAUGGACUCAAAAAUGAAGAAAAUGGACUACGGCAUGGAAAAGACAGGUGACGGAAUGAUCAUGAGGAAAUACCAGAUCAAAAACAAUUCGUCCUUCUCUAGCCCAGCCAAUUCUCGUCCUUCUUCUAGAGAUCCCAAUCUGGGAUUCAUGGCUCGUCCUUCUUCUAAAGAGAAAAAAGAAAAUCACAAUAUCCUGUCUCAGAAACUCGUCUCACUUCUGUCUCCUUGA